GUUGCGCUGGCGGGGUGUCAGCGGCGGCGGCGGCGACGGCGGUUGGAGCGCUUGGGAGGUGGUACGGCACUGGUUGACGGUGGCGGCGGCGGCGGUGUUGGCGCUGGCGGCGGCGCUGGCGAAGGAAAUUGGCAUCACGGUGCUGGGGUGCAUGCUGGUGGCGGAUUUACUGCUCGUACCCGUUGUCGUACGAGGGCUGCCGUACGACAACGGCGGCGGCGGUGGUUGCGGUUAUAGGCCUAGGACGGCCAUGAAGGCAGAGACCGUUCAUAACAAGCACGUAGAAGGCAAAAGUAAGGCAUCAGAUUACAGUGGAAGGAACGGCGGUGGCGGCGGAGGGGGUGCCGUACCGGCGGUGUGGCGGUUUGUACGGCAUGCGUUACGGUUAGCGCAGGCCGUUACAGCCGACCCCAAGCUGCCCCGUCUGGUGUUUCUGGCGGUGGUGGGGUGGGGCUACGUGGGGCUGCGGAGGCGGGUGGCGGUGGAGCAGCUGGUGCGGAUAUACCGCAAGGUCGAGAACCCCAUUCCCUUCUCACCCUCCCGUCUGGAACGAGCCCUCUCCACCGCCCACCUACACGCCCGCUACGCGCGCCUGCUGCUGCUGCCGUACCCGCUCUCCGCCGACUGGUCCUUCAACUGCCUGCCGUUGGUUCGGAAGCUAACUGAC